AUAACGAUUAACCAUUGUCAAUGUUUACUUGACAAUCAUUUAACAGUUUAUUUUGAAAAGGAAAAUCAGAAAUAUGCAAAAUAACGGUAGUUUAAAAGGCAAGACCUUAUUUAUUACGGGUGCGUCUAGAGGUAUUGGCAAGGCUAUAGCGUUAAAAGCCGCUCGUGAUGGUGCCAAUGUUGUGAUUGCAGCUAAAACUGCUGAUCCCCAUCCCAAAUUGGCUGGAACAAUUUACACAGCUGCCGAAGAAAUUGAAAAGGCUGGUGGCAAGGCUUUGGCUUGUAUUGUAGAUGUUCGUAAUGAAGAACAAGUAAAGUCUGCUGUUAAGGCUGCCGUGCAUAAAUUUGGUGGCAUUGAUAUUCUAAUAAACAAUGCUAGUGCCAUUUCAUUGACUGGUACUCUGGAUACUGAAAUGAAACGUUAUGACCUUAUGCAUAAUAUAAAUACCCGAGGAACAUUUUUGGUAUCCAAGGAAUGUUUACCAUAUUUAUUGAAAAGUAAACAUGGCCACAUCUUAAACAUUUCUCCACCUUUAAGUAUGAAAGCUAUGUGGUUUGGUAAUCAUGUUGCUUAUACUAUUGCCAAAUAUGGCAUGUCAAUGUGCGUUUUGGGUAUGGCCGAAGAGUUCAAAGAUCGCAACGUGGCUGUCAAUGCUUUGUGGCCACAAACGGCUAUUCAUACAGCAGCUAUUGAAAUGCUAAAUGGGCCUGAUAGUUCUAAAUAUGCACGUAAACCGGAUAUUAUGGCAGAUGCCGCUUAUGCUAUACUUUGUAAAGCUCCUUCUCAUGCUGCUACUGGUCAAUUCUAUAUUGAUGAGGAGGUUUUGCACAAGGAGGGAAUUCGUGAUUUCAAACAAUAUGCCUGUGAUCCAUCUAAUGCUGAUAAUUUGCAACAAGAUUUCUUUUUGGAUAAUGUAGUAUCAAAGUUGUAAAUAUUUUAUUUAUUAAAAAAUGUAUUUAAUUUUUUUCAGAAAUUGUAUUUUUUACUAUUAUCUUUGUAUAUAAAAAUAAAAAACUUAAAAGAAAAAGAUAAA